GUGGCCGCGGAAGGCGCCCAGCGCGCCCCCGACAUGGCGGCGGUGCGGGCGCUGUGGGUGGCGGCGCGGCGGCAGCCGGGGCUCAGCCCCGCGGGGCUCAGGGCUCUGUGGGGCGGCCACAGCAGGAAGGAGGAAAGAGAAGUGGAAGCAGACGGAGCGGUUCCUGACAAGGAGGAGAGAAGCGAGCCCAGCCUGAUCCAGCCCCCGCCCCGCCGCCGGAGCUACAUCCCGCCCGAGGACCUGCAGAGCUGCCUGGAAUCGCACGUCAGGAAAGUUUUCGGGCCCUCUGUUCCCGAGGACUGGCAGCAGGCUCCCCUGCAGGAGAACCGGCUGAAGCACCGCCUGCUGGCUCGGCUGGCGGCGGAGCUGGGACACGCCGUGCCCAACUCGCAGCUGCACCGCAUGCGCCGCGCCGGGGAUGUGCUGGGUUUCUAUCGCUCCCCCGUGAGGGACAGCACCAAGAUCUAUGAACUUGCAGCCGCAGAGCUGCCCCCGAACCUGAAAAUCAUCUGGCAGCAGUGAGUCUUCCCCCCGCAGCAUCCCUGUGCCUGGCUGGUGCAGGGCAGCAGCAGCGCCGUCUGGUUGGGGUUAGAUCUGUGAAUUUCAGUAAUAAAGGUUCAAUGAGCUGUGCUCA